AUGGCCACCUUUUCAACGGCCCAAGACCUAUUCAUCCCCCUCGGCAAGGAUGGCCAACGCAUGUCGUACCGCCUCCUCGGCCCUUCGCCUUCCUCCUCCGGCAAGACCCCUCUCGUCAUGCUCAAUGGCUUCCGUUGCACUAUGGACCAAUGGGACCCGGCCCUGAUCGACCCUCUCGCCGCCCAACGCCCCGUCAUCCUCACAGACAUCCCCGGCGUCGGCCGCUCCGAGGGCGCCGUUCCUCUAUCCAUCACUGAGUGGGCACAAAGCCUUGUCGACAUGCUCAUCGGUUUGGAGAUUCCUCAAGUGGACGUCUUCGGGUACUCCCUGGGCGGAUGCAAUGCCCAGAUGAUGGCGCUGAUUGCCGAAGAAUAUUCGGGAGGCAAAGUGAAGGUGAGGAGGUUGGUGUUGGCGGGGACUACACCUAGUGAUGGGCCGGGGGUCAAGAGGUUUACGGAUCAGGAGCUGCGGGCUUUCCAGGGGUUGGUGAAGGCCCAGACGGUGGAGCAGCAGAAGGAGGCGUUUAUGAAGCGCUUCUUUGGACGGUGUUCGGAAAACUGCUGGGCAGAGGGGGAAAAGAGUUGGAAGAGGAUUGCUGGUGCCAGGAAGGAGAGGAUGGGGCACUCAGGGCAGGAAGCAUCGAAGAGGCAGGGCCCUGCGUUUUAUGGGUUCAUGGGAGAGGGUAGUUUGGAGAAGCUGAAGGGGUUGAAGAUCCCGGUGCUGAUUGCCCAUGGGUCUCGCGACUUGAUCUUCCCCAUGGAAAACAGCUACCUGAUGUACAAGACACUACCGAAUGCUUAUCUGCACUUAUACCCCGACUCUGGACACGGGUUUUUGUACCAGUACGCGGAUCACUUUUCGUCCUUGAUCAACUUGUUUCUGGAUGGCGAGCAGUCGGGUGGCACCUUUGUCCCCUGCAAGCUAUAG